CUGGGUGACACUCUGGCAUGGUGGACUAUUAAUCUGAAGUGAAACUGGUUGGUAUCUGACUGCAGGUUUCAGGAAGUCUUGAGUCUUUAACACAGUCUGUGUCUUUAAUAUCUGUCAUCAUUUGUUCAGUAUGGAGCUCAGUCAACUUCCUCUUGUGCUCUUGCUGAUUUCAAACAUCUAUUCUCAACAAACUGAAGAAAGACCAAAAGCCAAAGUGACCAUUAAACCUGAUCAACAUGUAUUCAGAGGAGAGACAGUCACUCUCAGAUGUGACAUUGAUGGUGAAGGAGUCACUAGCUGGCAGUACAGCUGGUAUAAAGAUGGUUCAGCUGAUGUUUUCAGUGAACAACAGGAACACACAUUCAGGUCUGUUACUGAGUCUGAUGCAGGUAAAUACUCCUGUUAUGGAGCAGAGAGAGGAGGAUCACGAACAUCAAACAUCAGUGAUGCAGUUACACUGACAGUAUCAGUUCCCAGAGCAGUUUUAAGUGUUUCUCCACAGAAGUGGUUGACUGAAGGAGAUCCAGUGACUCUGAUCUGUGAGGUUUACGGCUCCUCUACAGGCUGGACAUUCAGCUGGUACACUGUAACUGUUUCAUCAGACAACAGAUAUAAUUAUCAGCUGCUCUCAGACAGCAGCAGAGGAGCUGGAGGAAACUACACUGUCAGUUCAGCUGAUCUAAAUCACACAGGAGUUUAUAUGUGCAGAGCAGAGAGAGAAAAACCAGCCUAUAAAACAUGGUACAGCAACUCACAGUUAAUAUGGGUCACUGGUGUUUCUCCUCCAGUGUCUCUGAUCAUCAGUCCCAGCAGAACUCAACACUUCUCAUCUGUCUCUCUCUCUCUGAGCUGUGAGGACCAGAGUAACUCUGAUAGAUGGACAGUGAGAAGAUACACAGACAGUGGACAGCUGGAAGAUUGUUCAUCAUCAGUGUGGGGAUCACAAACAGGAUCUACAUGUACAAUCAGCUCCACCAUCACAUCACACACUGGAGUGUACUGGUGUCAGUCUGAAUCUGGAGAGAACAGUCAUCCUGUUAAUAUCACUGUACACUCUGGUGUGAUUCUGGAGAGUCCUGUUCAUCCCGUGACUGAAGGAGAUACUCUGACUCUACACUGUUUAUAUCAACAUUCAACCCCACCAAACCUCACAGCUGAUUUCUAUAAAGAUGGAUCACUCAUCCAGAAUCAAACUACACAGAUGAUCAUCUCUACUGUCUCAAAGUCACAUGAGGGUUUCUACUACUGCAAACACCCAGAGAGAGGAGAGUCACCCAAGAGCUGGAUCUCAGUCAGAGAAAGACCAAAAGCCAAAGUGACCAUUAAACCUGAUCAACAUGUAUUCAGAGGAGAGACAGUCACUCUCAGAUGUGACAUUGAUGGUGAAGGAGUCACUAGCUGGCAGUACAGCUGGUAUAAAGACGGUUCACUCAAUGUUUCCAGUAAACUACAGGAACACACAUUCAGUCCUGUUAAUGAGUCUGAUGCAGGUAAAUACUCCUGUUAUGGAGCAGAGAGAGGAGGAUCACGAACAUCAAACAUCAGUGAUGCAGUUACACUGACAGUAUCAGGUGAAGCGCAGGCAGUUUUAAGUGUUUCUCCACAGAAGUGGUUGACUGAAGGAGAUCCAGUGACUCUGAUCUGUGAGGUUAACAGCUCCUCUACAGGCUGGACAUUCAGCUGGUACAGUCUAACUGUUUCAUCAGACAGCAGAGAUAAUUAUAAGCUGCUCUCAGACAGCAGCAGAGGAGCUGGAGGAAACUACACUGUCAGUUCUGCUGCUCUAAAACACACAGGAGUUUAUGUGUGCAGAGCAGAGAGAGGAAAACCAGCCUAUAACACAACCUACAGUAACAAACAACAACUAUGGGUCACUGGUGUUUCUCCUCCAGUGUCUCUGAUCAUCAGUCCCAGCAGAACUCAACACUUCACAUCUGUCUCUCUCUCUCUGAGCUGUGAGGACCAGAGUAACUCUGAUAGAUGGACAGUGAGAAGAUACACAGACAGUUGGGGGCUGGAAGAUUGUUCAUCAUCAGCUCCUGUACAUCCUGUGACUGAAGGAGAUACUCUGACUCUACACUGUUUAUAUAAACAUUCAACCCCACCAAACCUCACAGCUGAUUUCUAUAAAGAUGGAUCACUCAUCCAGAAUCAAACUACACAGAUGAUCAUCUCUACUGUCUCAAAGUCACUCAAACAGGGUUUCUACUACUGCAAACAACCAGAGAGAGGAGAGUCACCCAAGAGCUGGAUCUCAGUCAGAGUUCCCAGAGCAGUGUUAAGUGUUUCUCCACAGAAGUGGUUGACUGAAGGAGAUCCAGUGACUCUGAUCUGUGAGGUUUACGGCUCCUCUACAGGCUGGACAUUCAGCUGGUACACUGUUACUGUUUCGUCAGACAGCAGUGAUCAUUAUAAACUGCUCUCAGACAGCAGCAGAGGAGCUGGAGGAAACUACACUGUCAGUUCUGCUGCUCUAAAACACACAGGAGUUUAUGUGUGCAGAGCAGAGAGAGGAAAACCAGCUUAUAACACAACCUACAGUAACAAACAACCACUAUGGGUCACUGGUGUUUCUCCUCCAGUGUCUCUGAUCAUCAGUCCCAGCAGAACUCAACACUUCACAUCUGUCUCUCUCUCUCUGAGCUGUGAGGACCAGAGUAACUCUGAUAGAUGGACAGUGAGAAGCUACACAGACAGUGAACGGCUGGAGGAUUGUUCAUCAUCAUUGUGGGGAUCACAAACAGGAUCUACAUGUACAAUCAACUCCACCAACACAUCAGACACUGGAGUGUACUGGUGUGAGUCUGAAUCUGGAGAGAACAGUCAUCCUGUUAAUAUCACUGUACACUCUGGUGUGAUUCUGGAGAGUCCUGUUCAUCCUGUGACUGAAGGAGAUACUCUGACUCUACACUGUUUAUAUAAACAUUCAACCCCACCAAACCUCAAAGCUGAUUUCUAUAAAGAUGGAUCACUUAUCCAGAAUCAAACUACACAGAUGAUCAUCUCUACUGUCUCAAAGUCACAUGAGGGUUUCUACUACUGCAAAAACCCAGAGAGAGGAGAGUCACCCAAGAGCUGGAUCUCAGUCAGAGUUCCCAGAGCAGUUUUAAGUGUUUCUCCACAGAAGUGGUUGACUGAAGGAGAUCCAGUGACUCUGAUCUGUGAGGUUUACGGCUCCUCUACAGGCUGGACAUUCAGCUGGUUCACUGAAACUGUUUCAUCAGACAGCAGUGAUCAUUAUCAGCUGCUCUCAGACAGCAGCAGAGGAGCUGGAGGAAACUACACUGUCAGUUCUGCUGCUCUAAAACACACAGGAGUUUAUGUGUGCAGAGCAGAGAGAGAAAAAACUGAUUAUUGCACAGCCUACAGUAACAAACAACCACUAUGGGUCUCUGGUGUUUCUCCUCCAGUGUCUCUGAUCAUCAGUCCCAACAGAACUCAACACUUCACAUCUGUCUCUCUCUCUCUGAGCUGUGAGGACCAGAGUAACUCUGAUAGAUGGACAGUGAGAAGAUACACAGACAGUGGACGGCUGGAAGAUUGUUCAUCUUCAGUGUGGGGAUCACAAACAGGAUCUAAAUGUACAAUCAACUCCACCAUCACAUCAGACACUGGAGUGUACUGGUGUCACUCUGAAUCUGGAGAGAACAGUCAUCCUGUUAAUAUCACUGUACACUCAGCCUCAGGAUCUGAUGGUUUUAAUCUCAUGAUAAUUGGAGUGACUGCAGGACUGACUGUCACAUUUUUUAUCAUUGUCUUCUUGAUCCUGCUGUGGCACUACAGAAACAACAAAGAUGUAAGAUCUCAGCCUCCCUCUAGUGUCAGUCAACAGCAGAACAGCAGUCAGACAUCAGAGCAGAACCAGAGUGAAGUGGGAAACAACACACUGCUGUCUGGAACUGCUCAUAUUUAUGACACUGUUGAUGCAACAAUUAAUAAAGACAUAAGCACAGACAGUGUAAGUGGACCUGUUGAAGUCACCUAUGCUGAGAUUGAACUCAAAUCUACAGAGAAACAGAAGAAGAAAGGAGAAAACAAAGGGGAAACCAGUGAAAGUUCUGACACUGUUUACUCUAAACUGAAUCUGGUGACACAUCAAGAUAGGGUGCAGCAUAGGCAUGAUCAGUUUGGUCAUCAGAGAAACAAUGCUAUACACACAUUAGUUUUUACCAUUGAAUAAGAUAAAACAGGAAAUUUUAGCAUUCCAACAAACAAAUUUUCUUCAUAGAAAUUAAAUUUUCAGUUUUAGCUUGCAGAUGAAUUUAGAUUUAGAUUGUUCUGUAUUCUUAAAGGUUACAUCAGGUUACAAAGCCUUUUAACUGUUGUGAAAGUUUCAGUUUAUCUUGUGUUCUUCUUGAUGUUAAAUGUAUGUGUAGCAGGGUUUUUAUGAUCAUGGAAACAUCAGAGAGUUUUAAAAUUGUAAUUUCCAUGUCUGGAAAAAUCACAGAAAUGUUCUAGGUUGGAAAAAAGUUGUGUUAUAAAUGUAUAUAGUGAAUGUUGCAUUUUCAUUGGUUAUAAAUACCACUAUGUGAGUGUAAUCUUUAGAUUUAGAUUUUAAAAACUGCUUAUUCAGUAACAACAAACAACUUAUGCAAAGCCAUUCAUUGGUCAAAAGUAUUUGACUUGUUGUAGUUUGCUUGUUGUUCUUGGUUAGAAACGAGAACAUGUUCACAAUAAUAAUUACAAACUAUUGUUUUGCUGUAAUAUACUACUUGUUUAUAUCUUUAUUGCAAUAAAAUAAGAUCUAACUGCUACAAAGCUAGUAUGUAGCUAGUAUGUGGGAGCGAUUUGGUCAUCAUAAAUGUGAUGCUGCAUGACAUUCAUGUUUGUGGCUGAGCAAAUGAGCAAUGUAUAAAUAUCUAUGAACAGAUUGAACAGAACUGAUUUUUAUGAAAGUCUUAAAUGCCUCUAAUGUUUCUUUUUAAUUGUUGUUUCUAAGAGUAUCCUAUAACUUGUCAAUAUUAAAGAGAAGUGCAAAAAUUUAAGAUAAAGAAGAUUUUGAGAAUUUAAUUACUUGGGGGAAAAAAGACAGUUUGGACCAGCAUCCAACCCCACCCACAUCCAUGC